GUCGUCUAUAUACGCCGAGUUCGCGUUCGUCCGUCGCACAAAAAAUCCCGAUCUCGCCGAUGCUAUCGACUUCGCAAUCCCUCGCCGUCCCCAGAUCCUCCCUCUUCCUACUUCCCCCCUCCGCUCGUCGCCGGCUUCACGUCCGCGCCGCCUUUUCGGUGCCCUCGGCUUCACCCUCCGCCCCCGACACGCUGUACGACGUGCUCGGCGUCGCCGCCGCCGCAUCGGGGCUCGAGAUCAAGGCGGCUUACCGGAGGCUCGCCCGCGCGUGCCACCCGGACGCGGUGGUCGCGGCGGACCGGAAGACCGCGUCGGCCGACGAGUUCAUGCGGAUCCACGCGGCCUACGAGACGCUCUCCGACCCGGAGAAGCGCGCCGAGUAUGAUCGAGGGGUCGUCGUCGCCGAUCGGAGAUGGAGGCCGUUCCAUACCUCCCGAUCGUCGUAUUCCUUCUACGCCGGCCGACGCCAGCCGCGGACGUGGGAGACGGACCAGUGCUGGUAACUAACAAGAUGCAUCAAAGUGAUGAUUAAUGGAAAGCUCCUAUCAAUAAUGGGAAGCUUCUGUGAUGAAUUGUUCAUCUCUGUGACUUCUAGGUUAGACUGCAGCAACUUUAUCAUUGAUCAAGACUCCAAACAGAAAUCGUGGGUAGAAGAUUGUCCAAUGAGAUCGCGGGUUCGAAUCACAAGAUAGUCAAGGCGUAAAUCCCUGAUCCCCGUGUCUCUUUUCCCACUGCGCACUAGCUUCUUUGAUUACCGUGAUUAACCUUCCUCGUGAUGGCCUUGGGUAAGGUACGGCAGGGGCGUUAGGGGCGAGCGUUAUCAUCUUUUGCCCAAAACUUCAAACAGAAAUGGAAAGGAUAUGGGAAGGUUGAGCAAAAAAAAAAUUAUCUUUGACCUCGCGUAACUCUUCUAACCAAUGGAUGGUUUUAAGCAUUAUCCUUUGACCUAUCGUAACUCUUCUAACUAAUGGAUGAUUUUAAGUGUCUCAGUAGAAAUUGUUAAUAGAUUUUAGUCGAUGCUAUGUUGAUCCUCUUUGUAAUCUAUGUUUCUAUUCUUUUGCAUUCGACUUAA